AUGCUGCGAGCCGUCACCGCCGCCGGCCGGAACUACGUCCCCCCCGAGCGGCACUACGUCGGAGGUGCCGGCCUGCUUGAGUGCAAGCAGAGGAUUGAGAAGGCGCUGUCACCGGUUACGCGGUCGUGGAGGGAGACGGGCGUGACGAUCGCCAGCGACAUGAUGCAAGACAAGGGCAGUCGCGCGCAGAUGAACAUCAUCUGCAUCAACGACACUGGAGCGGUCUUCAUUGAGGCGGUGAACUGCAAGGCGGCGACGAAGAGUGGCUUGUUCAUCGUCGGCGUCCUGCGGCCGAUCAUCGAGCGCAUCGGGGCAGAGCACGUCGUGGCGCUUUGCAUAGACGGCGGCAGCAACUACAAAGCUGCUGGCAAGCUGCUGCAGAAGGAGUGGCCGCAUCUCGACCUCGUUCCUUGCGCCACGCACGUGCUGGACCUGCUGAUGGAGGACAUCGGCAAGAUGGACUGGGCGCAGGUGGUCGUGACCAAGCCUGACAACAUGAUCUCCUUUGUGCGGGGCAACCAGUGGACGCGCGCCUUCAUGCGGAGCCCGGAGGUGCAUGGGGAGGAGAAAUUGCUGCAGGUGUUGCGCUCGGCAGGCACGCGCUUUGGAACGCAGUUCAUCGCAGUGUCUCGUCUGCGCGCCGUUCUCCAGCAGCUCACGGCGAUGGUGACGCACAAGGACUGGGCGGAGAAGGGGUGGAACAUGCUGACAGGAUCGGAUUUCGAGGGGUGGGUGAUGGACUCAGCGUGGUGGAAGAAGGUGGACGUCUUUGUGCAGGUGAUGGAGUUGUUAUACAACGUGAUGCGGAUGACGGAUUCAGCGGCGAAGGGGAUGAUGGGCCAGCUUUACGACAACAUGCUGCAGCUGAUGGAGGAGUUGGAAGCUGCUGGAUGGGAGGGAUUGGAGGAGGAUGGGGAGGUGGAGGUGGACGAGGACGACGUGUGCUUCGAUGAGUGGGAGAAGCAGGAGGAGCAGGAGAAGCAAGGGGAGGAGGAAGAGGAGGAGGAGGAGGAGGAGGAGGAUGAGAGGAGGAGAGCUAGGAGGCGUAGAAGCACGGAAGCAACUAACCACCACCUCUCCCCCCAAUCUGCCUCGCCCCUGUCUUACUCUCUGCCUGGCAGAGCCACUGAGGAAGGACGGAAGCAACUAACCACCUCCUCUCCCCCCAUCUCCGCCUCACCCUUGCCUUACUCUCUGCCUGGCAGAGCCACUGAGGAAGCACAGAAGCAACUAACCACCUCCUACCCCCAAUCUGCCUCGCCCCUGCCUUACUCUCUGCCUGGCAGAGCCACUGAGGAAGCACGGCAGCAACGAACCACCUCCUCUCCCCCCAUCUCCGCCUCGCCCCUGCCUUACUCUCUGCCUGGCAGAGGCACUGAGGAAGCACGGCAGCAACUAACCACCUCCUCUCCCCCCAUCUCCGCCUCGCCCCUGCCUUACUCUCUGCCUGCCAGAGCCACUGAGGAAGCACGGCAGCAACUAACCACCUCCUCUCCCCCCAUCUCCGCCUCGCCCCUGCAUUACUCUCUGCCUGGCAGAGCCACUGAGGAAGCAUGGCAGCAACUGACCACCUCCUCUUCCUCCAUCUCUGCCUCGCCCCUGCCUUACUCUCUGCCUGGCAGAGCCACUGAGGAAGCACGGAAGCAACUAACCACCACCUCUCCCUCCAAUCUGCCUCGCCCCUGCCUUACUCUCUACCUGGCAGAGCCACUGAGGAAGCACGGCAGCAACUAA